UCUUUUGUGAGCUUAAAUGUUCCAUCCCAGACAACUCAUGUGCUGACUCCCUGCCUCAGUGGGGCCUGUGGAUUACACUAUCCAUUCUCAUCUUCCGUAUGAAGCACCUUUAAGAUCCCAAAGCCUCCCUCUGCCAUAGAGAGGAAGGAUGGAGCUUCUCCUUGGGCUCUCUGCCCUUUUCCAGUUGUUUUUGUCCUCCACCACCACCUUCUGUAGCAUUCGACAUCCCUGGACGCAUUGGGACAAGCCUCCCUCCCCAGAAGAGAGAGAAGCCCUGGAAGCACCAUGGUUAGUCAACAUAUUUGGCAAUGGCAAAAGGUGCCAAGGAGUUGUCCUGAGCAGCUGGUGGGUCCUGACAGCAGCCAACUGUUUCCUACUGAUGCAGCCGAGUAAUGUAGAAUUUACUGGUGCUCAUGGACGUUACAGCAGCAAGACAGUGAGCCAGUUCAUUUCACACCGGGGUUUCAGCUCUUGGGAUGCACCACCCAACAAUGACCUGGGACUCAUUCUGCUUGGCCAGCCAAUUGAUUUAAGGAAGCCAGACAUGUGGCCAGCUUGUGUCAUUCGGAAAAAAAAACCCUAUGACACACAAGAGGAAUGUAGGAUUAUUGAGCGAAGAUACAAAGGUGAAUGGUCAGUGAAGGAGAUCAUUGUGCACACUUUGGUGACAUCGGAAUGUGCCAUGCAAUGGCCUGACAUAGGCAAAUCAUGGAACUUGUGUGUUUCAAGAGAGGCGUCUAAUGACACAAACUGCAUGCUGUCUGUAGGCAGUCCUGUGAUUUGUCGUGACCCUGUCAGCGGGCACUGGGAGGUGAUGGGUGUCGUGUCCCAGAGCUUACACAACUGCACAGCUCCUAUCCUGGCUUCUCAGAUUUUAUCUCAUCUGAAGUGGCUGAGUCGAGAAGGAGCACUUGGUGCACACCUGAACGAUAGCGAGAUCACUAAUGGUGAAUUGUCUUCCCCAGCAAUCACACCAUUAUAUGCUCUGUCUGAAACAGAAGGAGAAUUAUCUUCAACAGCUGAAGAAUCUGUAAUAUUCCCAACACAAACAACUACACAGACUACAGUCAGUAGUCACAAUAGUUCCAGCAAAGAAUCAUGUAAAUUUUACAACAUCCACAACAAGACAGUCCCUCCCCGAGAUCACAACACCCCAUGUAACACUUACAACUACCAGACACUCCCCAUUUUUAUCAUCUUCAACAACUGGACAGACAUCUACAACACCCAGAGAAACAUCUUCUGCAGUGUCUUCCACACUUGA